AUGCUUACACUUAUACCCUUUGUACCCGCCAACAACGACACGAUUCCAGCUGAUUUGUAUCAAGUUGCUCGAGAUGCAUGGUGCUCGCAGCUGACAGCUCUACUCGACAACACGUCUGACGAUGACUUUUUGCACGCCAUCCAAGAAAACACCAGCUUGCAUGACUUUGUGUCGGCUGUUCUCAAUGCACAAAUGGACGGCCACAGUGUCGAUCGGGAGGUCUCGAAACGCGUCUUUUUUAUCUUUUAUCGUGCUAGUCAACUGAAAGCAAAAGGCGGUGCAUUGUUGACGAUCGAUCGGCUAUCCAGCUUUGCUGUCUCGUAUCAAGAAGCAAACCCCGAGCAAGUGCGUACCAUCUUUGCAGCGUUGCUCAAGGCUGAUCCCCGUUUGGAAGAUGCUGUGCGAUCCUCCUUUACAGCAUUGUUGGGUUGCUUAACGACAUUACAAUCAAGCGACGAUAUCAAUCCUGAUCAUGAUCAACGUGUAUACGUCGUUGUACGAUUAUUGGAAGCACUCACAUCAGCGUGCAUUGACACUGCACCACACGAAGGAAUCAUCGAUGCUUUAUUCCAUUGCUAUCCAACAUUGAAAAGGAAGAAUGAUUCGGGACCCACUUUAUAUCUCAUCAAACGCGCUCUCGUCAACAUCCUCAACUACGCGGUGGAUUGCUUGUACUUCGAUCCUAUACGUUAUGCCAAAGAUGGCAAUGUCAUUGACGAAUUCUCCAAACGAUUGCUGGGAUGGAUUGAAAAGAGUCAUCUCGACACUACGUAUCAUGCUUUUAUUGAUGGUCCUCUGGUCAUGGAUUGGCAGAUCGAAUGUUCAGUCAGCAAUACUCUUGGUGAUAUCAACAAGGAAUGCUUCAAUGGAUAUCCUUUUUUAUGUGUUUUUGUGCGACAUGAUUCUCAGCAUACAUCUAUACAAGCCUUAACGUAUGUACUUUACUGA